CACGAUGGCACCAACACGAUGGCACCAACACGAUGGCACCAACAUGGCUAGCACCAACAAGUCUGGCACCAACACGAUGGCACCAACACGGCUGGCACCAACACGGCUGGCACCAACACGAUGGCGCCAACACAAUGGCACCAACACGAUGGCGCCAACACAAUGGCACCAACGCAUCUGGCACCAACACGGCUGGCACCAACACGAUGGCGCCAACACAAUGGCACCAACACGAUGGCACCAACACAAUGGCACCAACCCGAUUGGCAUCAACACGAUGGCACCAACACGGCUGGCACCAACACGAUGGCGCCAACACGAUGGCACCAACACGAUGGCACCAACACGAUGGCACCAACAAGUCUGGCACCAACACGAUGGCGCCAACACGAUGGCAUCAACACGAUGGCAUCACCAACGAUGGCACCAACACGAUGGCACCAACACGAUGGCAUCAACCCGAUGGCACCAACACGAUGGCACCAACACGGCUGGCAUCAACACGAUGGCAUCAAACACGAUGGCACCAACACGAUGGCAUCAACCCGAUGGCAUCAACACCACCAACACGGCUGGCACCAACACGAUGGCACCAACACGGCUGGCACCAACACGGCUGGCACCAACACGGCUGGCACCAACAGCACCAACACGAUGGCACCAACACGGCUGGCACCAACAGCACCAACACGAUGGCACCAACACGGCUGGCACCAACACGAUGGCACCAACACGGUGGCACCAACACGGCUGGCACCAUCAGCACCAACACGGCUGGCACCAUCAGCACCAACACGGCUGGCACCAUCAGCACCAACACGGAUGGCACCAACACGGCUGGCACCAUCAGCACCAACACGAUGGCACCAACACGGCUGGCACCAACAGCACCAACACGGCUGGCACCAACACGAUGGCACCAACACGGCUGGCACCACAGAGCUCUGUAAAUACACCAUUCUGUCACAUCCCCAUGGAUGAAUUCAAGGACCUCAUAGAUGGUCCAUGUUAUUUGUUAUGUUUAAUUCGAACAGUUCGUCGUUGUUCGUUUCUUUGUGUAUUCUAUGUAUGUAUAUGUAUAUAUUAUAUAUAUGUAUAUGUAUGUAUAUAUUAUAUGUAUGUAUAUGUAUAUGUAUAUAUUAUAUAUAUGUAUGUAUAUAUUAUAUGUAUGUAUAUGUAUAUGUAUAUAUUCUAUGUAUGUAUAUGUAUAUGUAUAUGUAUAUAUUAUAUGUAUGUAUAUGUAUAUAUUAUAUGUAUGUAUAUGUAUAUAUUAUAUGUAUGUAUAUGU